AGAAGACAUUGUUCUAGUGGUUAUAAAGAAAUGACAAGAUGAAGUUAUUUUUGUUGCUUUUUUUCUGUCACCUUGCAUCUCCAGUGAAACAUAACCUGAAGUAUUUGUUCACUGCUUCUUCGGGAGUCCAUACCCUUCCAACAUUAGUGGCAGUGGCGACGGUGGAUGAAGUUGAGAUUAUGUACUGUGAUAGUAACACUAAAGUUGUAAAUCCCAAACAGAUUUGGAUGGAAAAAUUAUUUGAAGAUGAGCCUAAUCAUUUAGAAUGGUACAAUCAAGCAUGUGCAAGUUAUGGACAGAUCUUCAGAGAGCAAAUUGUCAAUGUAAUGCUGGACCUAAACCAACAUGAAGGUGACCACAUUCUUCAAAGAUUGAGUGGAUGUGAAUGGGAUAAUGAUACUGGAGAAGUUAAUGGUUUUAGAUGGUAUGGGUAUGAUGGAGAAGACUUCCUCAAAUUUGACAUGAAGACAGACACAUGGAUCCCUGCAAAACCGCAAGCUGAGUUAACCAAACGCAAGUGGGAUAACAAUACAGAUUACAAUAGAUAUUGGAAAAACUUCCACACAAAUAUUUGUCCUCAGUGGUUGAAGAAGUAUGUGUCUUAUGGAAGAAACUCUCUUUUGAGAACAGAACUUCCAUCAGUGUCUCUCCUCCAGAAGACUCCCGCCUCUCUAGUCAGCUGCCACGCUACAGGUUUCCAUCCUAACAGAGCUGAGAUGUUCUGGAGGAAAGAUGGAGAGGAGAUUCAUGAUGGUGUGAAAAAAGGAGAGAUCCUUCCCAACAAUGAUGGAACCUUCCAGAUGAGUGUUAACAUGAAACUUUCAUCAAAUGCAUCUGAAGACUGGAAGAGGUAUGAUUGUGUGUUUCAGCUCUCUGGUGUGGAUGACAUUAUUACCAAAUUAAACAAAGGAAUGAUCAGGACUAACUUGGUUUCUCCCACAGAGUUUGUGCAAGUGACAGCACCUGCUGUUGUCAUUGUUGUCGGCCUGCUUCUGCUGGGGCUCUGCAUUGCUGGAUUUUUUAUCUGGAGAAGGAGCAAUAAUGAAUUCCAACAUGCAAGAACCUCAGACUUCUUUGACGCUGAUGAGGGUAAACUGAAGAGAAUGGAUGGAUAGAUGAAAUCUCUACAGUAAACCUGAGUCUUAAACUGCUCACUCCCCAGAAGUGUGGCAAACUCUAACUGAACAACUUUGGCUUGUAAAGUGCUGAAUGACUUGUUUUUGUGGGUGUGGGUGUGUAUGAAACAAACUAUAAAGGGACUUAAAUUUCUUGAGCUAUUUUGAUCUGUUUGCUAUCACUGACCAAGCAUGCACUGAUGUAUAUAUGUAAGUUGGAUUAUGUUCCAUUUAUGUAAGGUGAAUUAAACUCAAAACAAGUGUGAUAACAUUAGUGUUAUCUAACCCCUUACUCACUUCAAAUGGUUUAGAACAGCCAAAAGUACAGACCAGUUGCUAGGUUCGGCAGGAAUACAAUAGGAACUGAGGUGAAUGCGAAAUGAAAUGGCUGGAGACAGGAAAUGAGCAACAAUAAAUGAAAAUAAAAUGAGACAAAUUCCACAAUAACAACAACAACAACAACA